AUGUCGACCCCGACCGUUGAAGAAUUGCUCGGCAUAAUCAACGAAAAGGAUAAGCACAUGGCUUGCCUGCAGACAGCGCUUCGCGCUACGAAGGAGACUUUCGCUCGACAACUGCAAGAUGUGCAACGGAAGGCAACAGAUGAGAAGGCAACCCUCUACCAGCAGCUUCAAGCUGCGUUAAAAGACGUCAACCAGCUGAAAGAGGAUCUUAGUCGAAGUCAAAAGAGUUGUCUGGAGGAGGUGAGGAAUCUUCGAAAACAAUUCGAGUUCAGAAAGCAGGAUUCAAAUCACAAACUGCGGGCCUUAGAAACGCAGCAGUUGAGUUCAGCCGGGAAUGGUCACGAAAAUUGCUGGAAUAUGACUUCGACGCGCUCAUUUACACAAAAACCUCCACAUCAGGCGCAUCAUUUAAAUGGGCAGGCGUCAAGCCUGAACGUUCUAGACGCUAGGGGCGAGUUCCCUCUUUAUAGUGCUGCCGCUGGUGGGUACUACGAUGAGGUGAAGCGAUUGCUAGAGCAGGGAGCAAACCCGUCCAUGAGGACCCUGUUUCAAUGGACGGCGCUUCAUUGGGCCGUCGGUAAUGGUCAUGCGAAAAUUGCUCAACUAUUGCUUGAUUAUGGGGCCGAUAUCAACGCAAUUUCGGACACAGGGAGUACUCCAUUAGACAUGGCACGAAACGAUACGAUGAAGGGUAUACUUCGUCAACGGGGAGCCAGAUGA